AUGGAGCAAGUCUACCUUCAGAUUUGGAACCCAUCGAGGAAUCAACGGUACUGGAUCGUCGAGCAUAAUGGAUCGACGACACGACCGACCCAAGAUAUGAAGAGGAGGCUGGACCAUGUUUCCAGCGUGAAGCAACGCGAGCUAAACCGUUUCCGUCGGUCGGGCGACGACGACGACGACGACCAUAUAAUUGGACGGGUUGAUUCGCCGGCCAAUCCUAAUUCGAGGUUAUCAUUUGGUGAAGAGAGUCCAUGGGUCGCGAGGACAGGCUGGGAGGAGAUGUUUAACAACAAGGAUCGGCAGAUGCUCUCAGCCUUAAUCACAAUUCCACGCCGAGCAUCUGGACAAACCCCAUCAUCGCCGCCGCCGUUGCUCUUGGCACGGCGCGGAGUGUGCGAGCUGCAGGAAGAUUUGGUAAGCAGCGCAGAGGACGAAUUGAAGAUAGCGGCAAUCUUGAAGCUAGUGAAUCCGAUGAUGGAUCGUUGCGAAGAGACUGUGCGAAGCACCAACCGUAAUCUUCUGUGCUGGCUCAGAAGCGUCCGACUUACCUCACCCUCACAAGAGCCAUUUACUCUGGUACGCCAGCCGACAAGCACGCUGAAAUAUCGUCUGCUUUAUCGAAAACUUAUUUCCUUCAUUUUUCGUGUGUAUCGCCUGGACGAAGGCACGCGAACGAGAAUGAUUGGGUUAUCGCUUGGAAACCCCAUAUUGCAUUUCCUGGACGCGAUAUGGCAGAACAAAUGCUGGAAAACAACAAAUCACAUCACCAAAGCAGCCGAACAUGACUCUACAGUCGAAUUCGACGUGAUAUCGGAGUCUGAAAGCGGCGGAGGCAGCGGGACGUCCAGCGACAGCGGAGAAAGCGACGAUGAUGACAGCGAAAUGGAAGCCUACACCGAUGGGAGUAUCCGCGGCGAAGCAUCAUCACAGUCGGACGGAACAGGCAUCGCCGUAUUACUUCCAAUGCUGCAAAAGCCAGGAAGUUGUGAGACGGAGGAAGUACUAGAGCAGCUCUUUGGAUUGAGCUUGGCACUGUCAGAGGACGUCCCAGUAGAUGGAAAGCCAAGUUCGAUGGUGAUGGUAUUCUUCAGCGGCAUUCUAGGGUUCUCAAAGGGCCGACAGAGCUUCCUGCCGGCUCGAGCCUUCACUCCCCAUCUUUCUGCCCUCAUUUAUCACCUGCGUCUAUUCUGCAUAGAGAAGGCGCUCCCACUUCGGCCCUAUCGCAUACUUAAGAUCGAAAAACGGCCCUACACCGAACAACUGGAACGCUUACAAAAGAUCCGCAAGCAGUUGACUGUGCAAGGACCGCAGUCACCGUUUGAUGAAUUUUUCACCCUUCGAAACUAUGGGCGUGUGGCAGCGAAGUCAGACACGCCACCGUUCUUGCUAUACUGGAGUGACGACGGUCAGACAGUGCACUGGAAUGGCUCUAAGACACUGACAAUGGGGGACUUCAGACUCUUGCAGGAAUACUUUACAACACAGGCCUGCGAUGUUUGCCACGAGUUGAUGUUUAGCUUUGAGCCCUACGUGGAUCUUGCCGGUAUCAGGGAUGACAUGACAAACUCGACAGCAGGAUAUUCCUUUGUGACGGAUCCCGCAAAUAAACUGGAAGGGGCGUAUCUUGAGCUGAUUGAGCGUGCAUCAUCCAGAGGACGCGAUGACUUGAUCGCGAAUGGAAGGUGGAAGUGGAAGCUAGUCGACCAAUACCUGAAGCUGGAGGAGCAGUUUCGAACAUAUCUCGGCUUGGCAAUACAGGGCAAUGCGCAACGAGCGAGGUGGACUGAGCUGCUACAGCUAUGGUGUGAGAACGGCGAGUUUGGCCAGAGGGGAGUGUUCGUGUACAAGUCAUUUAUUAUCCAUCUGGUUCGCCAUCACAAGGCAAAGCGGUCCACCAACCGAGAGUUUGUGGUGGUUCGCUUCUUAUCAGCGUCGCUGACCAGGGUUGUCUAUAAAUAUCUGGUCUACAUCCGACGGUUCGUGGAUCUACUCUAUCGGGAGCGGCAUUUGGGAAAAGGUAAAGCGGGAGGCACGUCACAGCUGCUGUUCCGAGCAGAGACGGCGUUAGGUAGCAAACCAUGGCAAUCGACCCGAUUUAACGAGGUGCUUAAACGGUCAACCCAUAAGUUAUGGGGCCAUGCCGUCAACUCACAAGUCAUGCGGCAACUAAGCAUAGGCAUCACAAAGAAACAUGUCCAAGACAUACACGAGCCGUUCAACAGAUUCGAUGACAAAGGCCCGAACGCUAAUCGAAAUGUGGUUUUCCCGUGGCAAAGCGGGCAUCGGCCCGCCGAGAGCGGGAGGACGUACGGUGUAGAUGGAGCUUUUCCGACGACGUUACAGCCGCAGCUGCUGGAUCUUUAUCAAUGGGCCUCUAUGAAGUGGCACGAGUUUCUCGGGGUUCCCAGCAGGCUCACACCGGAUCACGCUCGAUCUGCCGAUGCCAAGGAAUGUGAGCGCUUGCUGCAAUUUAAAGACGACAACUCGCCAAAUGCAAUUCACCGAAGCCACAUCGAAGGUAGUGACAACGGUGUGCAAUCACGAUUACCAGCAAGGUCAGACUCAAACCUGCCUUGUACUCCUACGGUCGGCGGUUCGCACUCACACCAGCACCAUACCACCCUGCCGGCGCCGCCGCUUACCGUCCAACAGGCCAUUCAACAAUAUCAGACCGUAUUUGGGCAGCUUGGUCAGGUUUCCACAGAGACAAAGGACGAGGAAGACAAGAUCAUCUCAUUUGUGAAGGGGUACCGUGACGAGCGAGCCGAAGAUUAUAUGCUACAGCAGCGACUGAAUACUUUGCUCAAAACGGUUGAGUGGUGGGAGUUGCUCGGUUGCCCGUUGUGUUUUGCCGACACAGGCAAGAUUGAGCCCGACCACGACUUAAAUAUGUGCAAGAAUCGGCAUGCUCGUCGGGCACGGCAAAUAGUAUCUUGGCUCGAAGAACUUGCUAUCCCGCGACUUACGCGCUUCGAGCCGGGCUCUUGCGUCAUAUGCGAAGGCAUCUGUAGAGGAAUAUGGGAAGGCGUUGAGCCCUGCCAGGAGAUAAGAUUAGGGGAUGCAAUUUCUGAUGCUAGAGACGAAGAGACGCGCCGACGUGCUCUGGAAGAGUACAAGGCCGCGGAUGGCAGCGGUGGCCAUUGCCAAAGGAAGUCUCGGAUGUUCAAGGUCAUUGCCGCGCUAUGCGCAUGCCAGAACCAGCUUUUGUCUGGAGUUCUAGUCAGAGUGGCGCGCGAACAUGAUGGAAAGGACCUGCUGAUUGAUUCUGAAGCUCGAUUUUGGUUCGAGCGACGAAUCCCACUAGAGGAGGACUGGUUUCCGGGAAUGGUGUUUGCUUACGAGACGCUCGUGGUUGGGUUCUACUGCUGGCGGAACAGCCAACGGGGCUCGCCACCUUUCUAUGGCUUCCCUCGACGUCCGGCUGGCUACGGGCCGCUGGCGAAUGAUAUCCUCAAACAUGUCCCCUAUGGAGACAUAAAUGAGCUGGGGCACUGGCAAGAUUCUCUUGAAUGGUGGCGUGACAUAUGCAGUUUCUGCGUAGGGCGGGGUCUCCCGCGUCGCUUUGCCAUGCAUAAUCUGCGCGACUGCAAGCGGAAGCCAGCAGGGCUCUUUAACAAGGAGCUUGGGGCAGCGUUAUACCAGGCAAAAAUACUUCCGCAUGUGGAUUGCCAGAACUGCGGCAUUCCAACCUCGUUCUGUCACAGCUGGGUGAGAGACGACGACGGGGAGUGGGUCGUGGCAAACCCCCGCCGGUAUCAGUGCCAGUACAAACAGCACUACGUCAGCGAAAUUGUCCUUGGGCUUUAUUGUUGCGGCAGGACCGAGUUUCGAGACACUGUGGUUGAUUACCAUAGCAACUGGCACUAUUUCAUGGGCUCUUUAAAUGGGGAGAGAGUAGCAAACUACCUAGCACGAGGGAUUGCUGUAGAAAGCGUUCAUUCAUCGCAGAUGAUGCGAGUUAUGGGGUUCCUCACAAGGGAUGUGUGGGAUCUAGUAGGCAAAGAUCUACAACCUAAUUAG